AUUCACCAUCGGAGAAAGGCCUGCUCUGGUCAUAAAGGCGGCGCCGCGCGCGCAGCAAUAGGCCAACGCUGGAGGGAUCAAUGGAGACGAGCGCGAAAGGCGAAGGGGCUGGGAAAGUUGAGAAAGUCGAAUUUGAUGCCUCGGAGAUUGAAUAUGUUAGUUAUGGUGGCGAACAUCAUCUCCCCUUAAUUAUGAACCUCGUGGACCAAGAGCUCAGCGAGCCUUAUUCUAUCUUCACGUACCGUUACUUCGUUUAUCUAUGGCCUCAGCUUUCUUUCCUGGCAUUUCACAAAGGUAAAUGCGUGGGAACUGUGGUUUGUAAGAUGGGGGAACAUCGCAGUACGUUCAGGGGCUACAUUGCAAUGCUGGUUGUAAUCAAACCCUACAGAGGAAGAGGCAUUGCCACAGAACUUGUUACCAGAUCAAUUAAAGUGAUGAUGGAAUCAGGUUGUGAAGAGGUUACACUGGAAGCAGAAGUUACUAACAAGGGAGCACUAGCACUAUAUGGUCGCCUUGGCUUUAUUAGGGCUAAGCGGCUUUUUCACUACUAUUUGAAUGGGGUUGAUGCUUUCCGUCUGAAACUGCUGUUUCCCCAACCAGAAUUACAUCCAUCUCUGCCUAUGAUGGAGGACAAAGAUGAUAGCCACAAGCAUGGUGACCAUAGACAUUCGUCAGAAUGAUAAGACUUCGUCAAGGUUGUAGCUUUUAUGGAAGCACAUUGAUAUGCAGACGCAUGUUGAUAGUGCAGAUAUUUUUACUGAGCAAGUCUGAGAACCUUUUUGUAACUAAAGUCGCCUAUGGGAAAUGAGCAUCUAUAUUUCAAAAAAUUUCCGGUGCUCUGAUAUUUGUUUUUGAUCGUAUGAUCAUUAUUUUUCCGGUAGGACUAAUGAACAUUUAAGAGUGAGCAGUAAUCUCAAUUUAUAGGCACGGUCAUCUCCAUCCUUGGUUGGUGCAA